GGAGGAGAGAGCAGAGUAUACCGCAGACAUCAUUUCUACUACAGUGGAGGAGCCGUACAGGACCUGUUUCACUGCAGGGGGAUCCAAAACAAGCCCUGUGGAGCCGCAGCUAGAGCUACAGCAGCCGCAGGACACUGUGUCUCUCCCUCUGUUACCCCUUCCCCACGCAACCCCAGAUCCAUUUACACUUUACAAAGCAUCCUGCACCGUGCAACAAGUACAAGGGCGGUCCCUUCAAGCUGCAGAUCUGUCUGUCAUCCAACAGUCUCUUCCUCCACUCCCUCCACAGGGAAGGGUGUCACCUGUCAGAUUGCAGCAUCCUGGAACAGAAUGAAAGGAUCUGUGUUGAAACAGCUACAGUAGGGUUGCAGUAGACCCUGAGAAAAACAGAGUGGACUUCAGCCUGCACGGAUGAGCUUGAAGCAGGAAUGGUUUGGGGUUCAGGCCUCUUACACUGAAUUUCUCUACUGCCACCCUUUCUACUCAAGCAACAUCUUCAAGAAAAGAUCUCUCGGGAAGGAAGUGGCUGCUUGUGGCUUUGCACUGUGAUGAAGGCAAAUGGUACAGUUUUCCAAAGAAAUUAGACCAAAACUUUCUUCUUGAGAAGAAACAAACCUGCUGUUGGCAGAGGGUAUUUCUAACCUCUCUGCGAAAGAAAGAAAGACACCACCAAAACCUGGGCGGCCCAGCUGCUGAGGGAAGUUUCCAUGGUGAAGUCUCAGGGAGGCUUCCUGGGAGCAGAGCAUAGUGAAUGCUAAUCCGGAGCUGCCACUGCCAGCUUAAAGAACCCACGGGGAGAUGAUUCCCCAUGAAGGGCCUGGAUCCCCUACAGAAAUCCAAUGUGACUCUCUGUUUAUCAGACUAAAACCAGAGCCGGCCAGCCAGUGAAACAGCCACCGUGGAGGGGGGACGGCGAAAAAUGAAAUCCAACCAAGAGCGGAGCAACGAAUGCCUGCCUCCCAAGAAACGUGAGAUCCCUGCCACCAGCCGGCCCUCAGAGGAGAAGGCCACUGCUCUGCCCAGCGACAACCACUGCGUGGAGGGUGUGGCCUGGCUCCCCAGCACCCCUGGCAUCCGCGGCCAUGGGGGUGGGCGGCACGGGUCAGCAGGGACUUCCGGGGAGCAUGGUUUACAAGGAAUGGGUUUACAUAAAGCACUGUCCGCAGGGCUGGAUUACUCCCCACCCAGUGCCCCCAGGUCAGUCCCCACAGCCAACACGCUGCCCACCGUGUACCCUCCUCCUCAGUCAGGGACCCCGGUGUCUCCUGUACAGUACGCCCACCUUUCGCAUACCUUCCAGUUCAUUGGGUCCUCCCAAUACAGUGGGCCUUACGCGGGCUUUAUCCCUUCCCAGCUGAUCUCCCCAUCAGGCAACCCGGUCACCAGUGCAGUAGCCUCAGCUGCAGGGGCCACCACUCCAUCACAGCGCUCCCAGCUGGAGGCUUAUUCCACCCUGCUGGCCAACAUGGGCAGUCUGAGCCAGGCACCAGGACAUAAGGUUGAGCCCCCUCCGCAGCAGCACCUCGGCAGGGCUGCAGGAUUAGUCAACCCGGGGUCCCCUCCUCCACCCACCCAGCAGAACCAGUACAUCCAUAUUUCCAGUUCUCCACAGAGCUCUGGGCGGGCGACAUCUCCCCCACCCAUCCCGGUCCACCUCCAUCCCCAUCAGACGAUGAUCCCUCACACACUCACCCUGGGGCCUUCGUCCCAGGUGGUUGUGCAAUACAGUGAUGCCGGAGGCCACUUUGUUCCUCGAGAGUCCACCAAAAAAGCCGAGAGCAGCAGGUUGCAGCAGGCUAUGCAAGCCAAGGAAGUCCUGAAUGGGGAGAUGGAGAAGAGCCGGAGGUAUGGGGCGUCAUCUUCUGUGGAGCUGAGCCUAGGCAAGGCAAGCAGCAAGUCAGUGCCUCAUCCCUAUGAAUCCAGGCAUGUGGUGGUCCACCCAAGCCCAGCAGACUACAGCAGUCGUGAUACCUCCGGGGUCCGUGGAUCUGUGAUGGUUCUGCCUAACAGCAGCACACCCUCAGCCGACCUGGAGGCCCAGCAGACCACGCAUCGAGAGGCCUCCCCAUCCACCCUCAAUGACAAGAGCGGCCUGCACCUAGGGAAGCCGGGCCACAGGUCUUAUGCGCUGUCCCCCCACACGGUCAUUCAGACCACACACAGUGCAUCGGAGCCUCUCCCGGUGGGCCUACCAGCCACGGCCUUCUACGCUGGCACUCAACCUCCUGUCAUCGGCUACCUGAGCGGCCAGCAGCAAGCAAUCACCUAUGCUGGUGGUCUGCCGCAGCACCUGGUGAUCCCAGGUAACCAGCCCCUGCUCAUCCCGGUGGGCAGCCCUGACAUGGACACGCCUGGGGCAGCCUCGGCCAUCGUGACGUCAUCACCCCAGUUUGCUGCAGUACCUCACACGUUUGUCACCACCGCCCUGCCCAAGAGCGAGAACUUCAACCCGGAGGCUCUGGUCACCCAGGCUGCCUAUCCAGCCAUGGUGCAGGCCCAGAUCCACCUGCCGGUGGUGCAGUCCGUGGCGUCCCCCACCACGGCGUCUCCCACGCUGCCGCCAUAUUUCAUGAAAGGCUCCAUCAUACAGCUGGCCAACGGGGAGCUGAAGAAGGUGGAAGACCUGAAGACGGAGGAUUUCAUCCAGAGUGCAGAGAUUAGCAAUGACCUCAAGAUCGACUCCAGUACUGUGGAGAGAAUCGAGGAGAGCCACAGCCCCGGGGUGGCCGUGAUACAGUUUGCUGUUGGUGAACACCGAGCCCAGGUCAGUGUCGAAGUUUUGGUAGAGUAUCCUUUUUUUGUAUUUGGACAGGGCUGGUCAUCCUGCUGUCCUGAGCGGACCAGCCAGCUCUUUGAUCUGCCGUGUUCCAAACUCUCUGUUGGAGACGUCUGCAUCUCGCUCACCCUCAAGAACCUGAAGAAUGGCUCUGUUAAAAAGGGCCAGCCUGUGGACCCUGCCAGCGUCCUGCUGAAGCAGGCAAAGACCGACAGCCUGGCUGGCAGCAGACACAGAUACACGGAGCAGGAAAACGGAAUCAACCAGGGAAGCGCCCAGGUGCUCUCUGAGAAUGGCGAACUGAAGUUUCCAGAAAAAAUAGGAUUGCCUGCAGCACCCUUCCUCAGCAAAAUAGAACCGAGCAAGCCCACAGCCACAAGGAAGAGGAGGUGGUCGGCGCCGGAGACCCGUAAACUGGAGAAGUCGGAGGAUGAGCCACCUUUGACUCUUCCCAAGCCUUCGCUCAUUCCUCAGGAGGUUAAGAUCUGCAUCGAAGGCCGAUCUAACGUGGGCAAGUAGAGACCGUGCGGGCAGCGGAGGCCCGGGCCUCCUUUUGCUGUCUGUAUCCAGAUUACUGUACUGUAGGCUAAGUAACACAGUAUUUACAUGUUACAUCCUCUUUAGGUUUGUAUUCUAACCUUGUCAUUAGAGUCAAACAGGUGUAUCGCAGGAGACUGGUGCGUUUGCAUUGUCUGCAAGGGUCUGUUGAGGAGCUGGUGGGUGGAGGAUGGUCAGAACCGUGUCCGUGGAGCUCCGGGGUAUCCUUGGUGGCCCUGAAUGUGGCUUCAUCAGCCCCUGCCUUCUCCGGCAGCUCACAGAGUCGAGGGGCAUCAGUUCCCGCUGGUUUCAAGAGCAAACACAGUGGGAAGUAUCCUGCAAGGGAGUGUCUGGGUGUGCGUCCCUUGUGAAGGAGUGCGAGUGAGGGUGUCUCUUUCUCUGCCUCUGUCUCCCUCACUUGCUCCCUCUCAGUGUGGGGUUGGGGGACCUGGGUUUCCCUCCUGCAAAGUCAUCAGGAACCCAGCUUCCAGGCAUUGUAGGGAGGCAUCAGACAGGCAGAUGGGAAACUAGUUUCAAAGAACAUGGUUCUCUCCAACAUAUUUUACAAUAAAAAGCAACUUUUAAUCAUAGAUAUAUAGAUAUAUAUAUAUAUAUAUAUUUCCCCCCAUGGGGCCUGACUGCACUGAGGUUUUUUUUGUUUUGUUUUGUUGGUUUUUUGUUUUUGUUUUUGUUUUUUUAAGAGCAGCUGCCACUUGCAGGAUUUCAUUUCUGCUUUACCCGGUCCAGUCCAGUGACAUCAUCAGUCGUCAUGGUGGGCAGGGAAAGUCCUUGCUCAGGUCACUCCUGGUCAGGCAGGUAGCAGUGGGGCGGGAGGGACAGAGGGAGCACCCACACUGGUUUCUGUGCAGUGUUAGGAAAAGCAAUCAGGUUACUUGCAUUGAUUUUUGGCUUCCAAGAAGGAAAAUGCAAGCCCUGCUUCCCGAGAGAGACAGCUUCUCCGAGCUGUGCCGGCAGCAUCUUUUCUAUAUUUUAGGUCUAGUACUGUUCAUGACUAUGGACAACUUGGGUGCCGCUUUUUUUUUUCCCCUCAAUCCCAGUGUAACAUGAGGAGUUAGAUCUGGAAGAUGCUACUCUGUUACUUUAUCUCGCAAACAGUUAAAAAUGCUGUGCAGGCUUCUUAACCAAGCAUCUUGGUCUGUCAUUCAACAAGUACUGUAUCUCACUUUCGACUCUUUUUGGGAAAAGAAAAGAAAAGAAAAAAAAAAAGACAAACCUAGGUUGCUUUUGUUUUUGUUUUUUCUUCUCAACACUGUAACUACACUUCAGCUCUGCUCACAAGCCAGCAAUCGAAAACUCCAAUCUGGUUUAAAGGGAUGAAUGUGAAGUACGAACUAGCCCGUGACAAUAUAUGACUACCGAGUACUACCUGACGGCAGGCACUUGUCACUUUGAUGUUGGAGAAAGAGUUAAAGGCAUAUGCAGAGUUGGCAGAGAAACUGAGACAAGACACAGAGGAAAAGACACUCGGUUGUGUCCAGUGUUUUUAGGACGAACUCCUAAAGAACUUUGCGAUUUGCACAUCUUGAGUUUAUAAUUUGUGUGAUAUUCCUGCAGUUUUUAUCUAAUAACAUUGUGGGAAAGGUUUGGGAGGGUUACAAGAGCAUAAGUAAAUGUAGCAAAAUUACUUUCUAACCUGCCUAGACCCUAGGCCCUUCUUAGAAGGUUCUGUCCCCUUUGAGACUUCAUUUUGUCAUUUACCACAUCUGUCACCAGAAGCCAGGUCUGAGGGUCUUCUUCAGCGCCAUUGAGUUUCCCAUAUAGACAUUUUACAUAUAUGAGCAAGUAUUUUCAUUUCUGGAAAAAAAAAGUGUUAAUUUUUUUUUUUAAAGAAACUUAGGUUUCUAUUUGAAAUCCAACUAGGAUUUAACGUUUGGUACAAAACUCCAGAAAGGAUAUUUUCAUAAAGUCACAAGUUUUCAUUCCCAGAGGCCAAAAUAUCAUUUGUGGGUUCUGAGUGUGUCUUAAAGUACUUUAAACCUAGUUUUAUAAAUAGGGAGAAGUUUUUAAACAUUCUUACUUGGCUUGCUACAACUAACCUAAGUAAGUACUUAUUUGACUUUUCUUUUUAGCAAUUUAAAAAGAAAAGAUUUCUUCCAUUUCUCAAAAUAGGAAAAAAAAAAAAAAAGACCCUCCCCUGGCAACCUGCAUAUUGGCUAUUCAGUCUCCAUUUACAGUGGCAUUUGUUGCAACUAAUGAUCUUUUUCCAGACCAUUUUCUGGGAUAUACCAAACACCUUUGAGUAGGUCCAGAAUAGCUGGCCUCUCCCUAAACUUCAUCGCCCUCUCUGCCCGCUAGCAGAGCUGGGUGAGCCCAUUCUUGCAAUCAGAUGCUUAUUUAGUGCUGUGAUCCUUUUGUUUUAUUUUAUUUUUUUAAUCUUUCUGUUCAGAGACCUUGCUUGAUCUUCCCUAUAUCUGCUCAGGGCACUGGCACUUACUAGGUUUUCGGUUUUGUUUUGUUGUUUUAUUUUGUUUUAAUCUCCAAUGGUGAGAGGACUAGGAGGUUGCCACAGAGGUGCUGUGUGCCAGUUAUCUACAACAGCCCCUGUGAGCUCAGAAAACACACACACACACACACGCACACACACACACACUCUGCUCUCUGGCUAACUCCGAGGAUUGAACUGACUGCAUCCACUAAGCCGACACUAAAACAGGUAAAAACACACAUGGCUCAGAGCAAUAGGAAUAUCAUAACUUGUGGUUCUAUUUCAGGUAUAGGAAUUAUACAAAUCAUUGAUUCUUCCGAAGCAUUCGUCCCAUCUCGUUCUCUGGCUCCAUUAGCAUGUGCAAUACUUUGUGUGCCAAUAGUGUGCUAUCUAGUUAAAGUUCAUUCCCUUUUGGCCUUUUCCUUGUUCGGUGGGCUGACCUUUCUUCCCCUCGCUGGCCAGAGAAAGGCUGGAGGAGUGAGCCGGGAGAGGCGAGCCCCUUCCAUUUCUCCUUAACACCGAUGGAUGCAGAGUGCUAGGGUAGGCAGCCUAUGGGAGCCUGUGUGUGUCUGUCACCAGGACACAGUGAGAGCCAGCCAAGGAGACCUGAGGGAAGCACUUUGAAGGUCCAUCACCACACUCGGCAAAGGCCCCUCGCUCUGUAGUGAAGCCGGAACGGAGCCAGGAGGCAGAGUGGCUCCUAGGACAAACUCUGGAGCGGUAUGGUCUUCAGUCAACUCAUUUUCAGUCUCUUCUGUGUCCUUGAGACUUUGAUCCCUGCCUUUGACACAAGCAACUUAUUGCAUAUGUGUGUGUUCUGAGCAUGCCCACCAGUGGCUUUGGAGGGGACCACCUGGCAACCACAGUCACCAUUCCCUUGGGACAGCUUUCUCUUCAAACAGGAAGACCACACAGAGGCAGGAGCCACCUCUUAUUUGCAGACAUUGGUGGGGCCCUCCAGGCUCCCGGAGCACCUUCGGUCAACUGCGUAGGGAGCACAGUCAUAGCAGUGCCCUUAUUGGACAAGGAUCAGCCACGCGCCUCUGUACCUGUCCUCUUUGCAAUAUUUACCAUCAGCCGUCUUUCCUUCUUCUCUUUCCUGCUUUCCAUUUUAAAACAAAGUAACAGCAGGCCUUUUUGUGUUUACAACGAACACAAUCACCAAGAAAUUAGUCAGGGCAAAAAGAAAACAUAGUAAUAUUACUCAUAAGAAAUCAGCAAACAAGAACCUCUUUCUAGGGAUUUCUAAAUACACAAGGUGACUGUUCCUUAGACUGUUUAACUUUAGAAUUAUUUCAGUUUGUCUGGGCCACCUUGGGGGUCAGUGGGAUGGGGUGGGGACUGGGGGGGGGGAGAGAAGGCCAGGGAUACCACUUACCUCAAAUCUUUUUAAAAGUGGAAAUCCAAAUUGCAUUUGGGGGAGGGUGGGGAGGGGGGACUUGCAGGAUAAUCGUCUAUGUUGGUCACAUUUUGCUUUUCUGGAUUCAUCCAACUCAGUUUGGGAUGGCCUGAUGUUUGUGGUGGUGGCAACAGAACGUCCUUAACUCUGAACCCCGACCUUGUAUGUUUUCUGUUAGGUGAGCUUGUUGGGUUCCUCCCCUCCCCCCUUACCCCAUAAGGAAGUGGCAGUGUCCUUCCUUCUCCCUUGCAAGGAACCCUGCAGAACCUUCCACACCUCUUACUCAGGGAUGGGGCUGGUGUGUGUGUGUGGAACACAGAUGUGUUCAGCAACAGCACUUUGGACUGCUCUGGAGUAGGGUUGUACAAUUUCAAGGAAUGUUUGGAUCUCCCCGCACCGUGUGGAUUGCUCCUUAGCUACUGCACCGAUUGCAAUAUAAAUGCUGCACGUUCAAGACGAGCAGUAGCUCCUCGUAAUCAGAAGAAAAAAAAUAUAUCCAUUCUUUGCACAUAGUUUGAUCUUUACUGAAAUAUGUUGCCAAAAUCUGUUUUUGUUCUAGCUUUGUAUCUUUUCGUUUCUUUCUCUCUCUCUCUCUCUCUCUCUCUCUCUCUCUCUCUCUCUCUUUUCUUUUAAGGAAACAAUUGAGGAUACCUUGUAACAUCUGUGACUACUGAGGAAACCUAUUUUGUAGAUAGAUGCUUUCGAAGACACUAACACCUAUUUCAGACAAGGGUGAGGAGGCAGAGCUCUUGGGAUAGAAAGCCAGACUUUGUAAGUUGAGUUGGUUGGCAUGGCAACUGUUUCCUGAGCCACAAGCCCCUCAACCAACUGGUCUGCUCUCUCUUGAGAGCCCUUCGCUCCUCAUUUCCCAGUCACCCCCUUUGACUCCAGGGGAAUACAGGGCCUCCAGUCUCCGGGUCCGAUCCAGUUUCUUUGGUGGUUGAGAUGAACAGCAAGAGAAUCAUAUUUUGUUGUUUUAAAAGUGGAGCAAAGGCCUUUGCAUCCACAGUUGUGUUUUGAUGCCAGGAUUUCCGAAAUAGAAAAUUUAAGGAAAAAUCGAGUAAUAACUAUAGAGAAUCUACUUUUCUUUUAAUAAAGCACAUGGGUAUGACCUGUUGAGUUGGGUUGGUUUUCUCCUGUCCAUGAACAGUGUUGUAUUUCUGUUCCUAAGGCAACUCGAAACAGUUUGCACACCUCUACUCUGGAGCUGGGAUUUCUUUCAUAGAUGACCUCGCUUCAAAUGUUACCUUACUGAUAGGCUUUUUCUUGUAGCGCUAUACCUUGUGGGAAGUUUUUUUGUUUUGUUUUGUUUUUUUCUUUAAAGUACACCCAAUUUGAGCAGCUGGGGGGUGGGGGAGGGAGGGUUGAGGCACUCACUUUGGGGGUGGGAGGGUUACAGAUAAUUUUUUUAAAAAAAAUUGCACAAAAGAAAAAUGAAUGUUGAAAUGAUUCAUUCAGUGUUUGAAAGAGACAGAUCUGUUGAAACUAUGAGUUUCAUAUUUUGUGUGUAAAAAAAAAAACAAAAAAACAAAACAAAAAAACAAAACAGAGGAGGGGUUUGAAAGUUACAUGUUUGGGGGUUUAUUUUUCCUGUAUAUAGCAAUUUGUUGUCUUGAUCAUCAAAUUUGUAUGGUUAUGGCCUGGAAGAAUUAUGAUGUCAGAGGCUCUUCAACUAUACCGUACCUAUGCUUACUGUUCUGUUUUUGUUACACACGGCUCUUGUGUGAAGGAUGGGGGAACUCUGUAUUCCGCUAUUUGAGGAUACUGUCCAUUCCUAGGCCGAAAGUACUUCCCUAAGUUCCCUUCUUAAGCCAUUGCAACUUUACUUUGGAUGAUGUCUGACAUUUUCAGCACUUCCUGUUCCUAUCAACCCAAAGAAUAUAAUCCUGAACAUGAAGUGUUUCUAAAAGGGAUCCUCCUUCCCAGUAGACAGAAAAAAGUCGAGCCUUUCUUCUGCCUCCCACCCCAGACCUCAUUCCUACAGGGGUAAAACACCCAUUUUGGCUUGAAUGCCUGGCUUUCGUUUAGAUGUUUCUCAAGUAGAGGCCAGACGAAAUGCAGAACGGUUUCUCAGAGUUAUAUUCCUGUUCAGCAGAUGCGCUGGGUGGUGCAAACCAGACAGCGUGGGGGCAGUCAACAGACCCUACCUUUGAUUCUUCAAUUUGGGUUCAUGUCCGCUCCCUUAAGGCGCAAGUUCUUAUUGCUUAGAUUGACCUUGACAAAGGCAGAAGCGAGACAUCGGGUCAGCUUUUCACAUCCUGACACAUGCAUACAGGAACUUCACCUGUAUUCAGAUGAAGUGUGUUUGGCCAAUAGAUACCGUCUACAUGAUACCAGUCUCUAAGAACUUCCCUAACACUUUUUAACUGAAAGGAGUUAAGUCUUCCACUACAAAUCACUUGGAGACUCCAUCCACGCAUGUCUUCUUGUCCCUUUGCUGCCUGGAUGGCUCAUGUGAAGGCCUGUGUGGGAAGCACUGUUUACAGUAACCCUUACCAAGAUAACAUACUGUCCCCUAGACUACCGAGCUGAGGUGACACUGGCUUAGAACUGUUGGAGUGAAAGAUCAGUUACUAAGAAGGUUGGUGCACAGGUUUUCUCCAGUUCUUACAGGAGCCCCCUGCUCGGAAGUUAUCCUCCAGUCCAAGGGUGGGAUGAACUGUUGAGUCCAUGAUGAGGCGUAACCAUGGCAACCCACCAUAGUCCCAUUCUGUGACUACUGCCCCCCCCAACCCACACUGCUCAAGUGUGACCCCAGGUAGUGUCAGCAGAAAGGGGGUUGCGGUGGAGUCCUGUCAGUAUUUAUGGUGGCCUUUCGGUAAGACAGUCUACAUCUCUAACCAGUGGAGUCUUGGCCCUCCAGAACCUGAGAUCUGCACCAGUUGAAGGGUUUUAACAUCAGGUUUCCACACCCUCCAAUUUCCAUCCAUUGCCUCCCCACAGGCCAAGCGGAAACAGACACCAAAACUUGGGCUGAGGGCACUACCAUGUGGAGAACUAGGGAAAACAAAUUUUUUUUUUUUUUGCACCUUAUUGAAAAGAAACUUUUAAGUGCAUACAUAGUUAAGAGCUUUUAUCGUGACAGGAGAACGUUUCCAUAUGCGUGCAUACUCUCUGUAAUUCCAGUGUAAAAUGUUGUAUUUGCACUAGCUUUUUUAAAACAAAUAUUAAAAAAAUGGAAGAAUUCAUAUUCUAUUUUCUAAUCGUGGUGUGUCUAUUUGUAGGAUACACUCGAGUCUGUUUAUUGAAUUUUAUGGUCCCUUUCUUUGAUGGUGCUUGCAGGUUUUCUAGGUAGAAAUUAUUUCAUUAUUAUAAUAAAACAAUGUUUGAUUCAAAAUUUGAACAAAAUUGUUUUAAAUAAAUUGUCUGUAUACCAGUACAAGUUUAUUGUAUAAUACUCGUACUACUAAUAAAAUAACAGUGCCAAUUGCAAA